AUGUCUUUACACGACACGAAACCCUUUGUCGAUCUUCUCACCAAAAUUCAAGAAGAUGCCGCCUCACAACGUUAUGGUCAGAUAGAGGCUCACACUCAAGCCAUCAUGGAGUUAGAAAAGAAUGAAGAAUCACAAUCAAGUUCAUCAUCUUCCAAUCCAACCGAAGACUCCUUUGACUCGAUCAAGGAAAUUGCCAAAUUAUGGCUCGCAUUAGGAGAAUUACAAUUCGGAUCAGAAACCAUGGACGAGCAAGCCUUAUCCAGUUUUGAAAAGAGUAUUUCCAACGAUGCAACAAGAGGAAGAUCUCACUUCUUCAAGGGUCUUGUGUUGAGUGUGUUGGGACGUUUGGAAGAUGCUCUGGCUGCUUUUGAACAAGCAACCGUGUGGAACCUGAAAAGGCUGCCUUUUGGUAUGAGAAAGGAAGAUGUUUCAUUGCAAUGGCAUCAGCUAGUUCAUCGUCUUUAUUACUUGUGA